CCUGGAGUGUGAUCCAAGCCUGGAGACAAAGCGGUGAUCUGCAGCUAGACGACAAUAAAAUUAGCAAUGGAGCCACUGUAUGAGGAGUAUCUAACAUAUGGUGGAACAAUUGUCAAACCUUAUUAUUGGCUAAGCUUCUCUCUAGAUUGCAUCAACUGCCCUUACCACAUUCGGACAGGAGAAGAAGCAAGAGUUCCCUACACAGAAUUUCAGCAGAUUUUUGGAUUCCCAUGGUCAACAUACCCUCAAACAAAACACCUCACAUUUUAUGAGCUGAGAAGUUCCUCUGGGAACCUGAUACAAAAGGGCCAUGCUAGCAACUGCACAGGGAAUCACAGCCACCCAGAAUCAAUGCUCUUUGAGAGUAAUGGUUACCUUGACUCAGCCAUCUCUCAUAACAGCAACAUUAGACAUAUCAUUCUGUAUUCCAACCACUCCCCUUGUAAUGAGGAUAACCACGGCUGCAUCAGCAAAAUGUACAAUUUCCUGAUGACGUAUCCAGGGGUCACUCUUAAUGUUUUCUUUUCUCAGCUCUAUCAUACUGAGAACCGAUUUCCUACCUCAGCAUGGAACCGUGAGGCUCUUCGGAACCUGGCUGGCUUAUGGCCCCAGGUCACUUUGAGUCCAAUAAGUGGUGAUAUUUGGCAUUCUAUUCUCGAAAAUUUUGUUAGUGGUGUCUGGAGAUCAGCUGUUCUGCGGCCCUUUAUAGCUGGGAGGAUACUGGUGGACAGGUACAAUGCAUAUGAAAUAAACUCCAUAACAGGAGUGAAGCCUUAUUUUAUCGAUGUUCUUCAGAGACAGCGUAAAGAGAAUCAGAACAUAAAAGUUCGGGCAGCUUUUGAAAACCACCCUCUAAACAAUGCUGAUCCUGGACAACCCAACCUGAGUCAGGACUCCAGAACUCCUAUGGUUUUCCUGCUGCUGCCUCAUAGAGAUCUCCCGCCAAUCCAAGGGGGGCAAAAUGCCCAGAAACCCAGGAACAUGGUAAGACACCUGAAUAUGCCUCCACUGUCAUUGCUUGAGGCCAAAGACCUCAGAAACCCUCCCUUGGGCAGACCAGCAAAGGAGGCAGAAGCCACAAACGGGGCUGGAAGCAGCAAGGAGGCAAAUGAAAAGAACAAAAAGAAAUGGAAGAAAUAA